AUAAAUAAAAUCCAUUAAAAAAAAGGAGGAGGAGGAGAAGGUCGUGAGAGGUCUUCUCAGAAUCCAAAACGUCAUAUGGUUUAAGCUCUCUCCCUUCGAUUCCCUUCUUCCUCCCGCCUUGGAUCUUCCCGAUUCCGAUUCCCCACCUUCUCCCUCGCUCUCCAUGGCUCUCUGAUUCUCUGUUUCAAGGAAGAGAGGCGUGUAUGAUUGGGUCUAAUUCCGGCGAUUUUGUUGGCUGUUGGAGAAGAUUCUCGAGUUAUAGUAUUCGUAGAAAAAGCUUCUCUCUUUUUUUGGGUUUUAGGGUUUGUGUGUUAAAUUAAUUGUUUGAAGAGGAAAUGAGAUUGUUGGUGAUUGCUGCAAUAAAGGACACGACUUUGGAUUAGGAGAAAGACUAAGUUUUUUUUUUACAUAGAGAGAGAUGGAUGAAGAGGCUACUUCUUGGAUUAGGAGGACUAAGUUUUCUCAUACUGUUUCUUACCGUCUCAACUCCUCAAAGCUUUCCUCUUUCCCUCUUAAGGUCAACCAAGAGACAAGGCCCCAGACAUCGGAUAAGAAGUUGGUUUCAAGUAGUUCACAGGAUCCUCCUUCCACGAAUGUAUGUGUUGUUGUUGACUCGGAAGUACAGAGGGACCCUGUAACUAAUAAACAGAGAUCUGUGUCUCCUUCCCCUCCUCAGAUGCAGCCACUUCCUGAUGUCUUCAACGAAGCUAGGUCUGAGCGGAAGAGGUUCUCUACUCCACAUCCGAGAAGAAUGGACUCAGAAAAGGGAAUGAAGGUCAGGUUAUCUCAUAAAGACUCUUUCGAGAAGAGAAGAUCGUUCAACUUGAGGUCGCCUUCGGUUCCCAUCAGAGAUCUAGGCACCUUGAGGAUCCAAGAGAGGGUGAAGAAGGGCAAGAAGGACGCGGGAUGGUCUAAGCUUUUUGAUAACGGUGGUGGUGGUCGUAGAGUCAGUGCUGCUGAAGCUUCUGAAGAGUACCGUAUCGAUAUGUCGAAGCUCUUCUUUGGGCUUAGGUUUGCUCAUGGGCUGUAUAGCCGACUGUACCAUGGGAAGUAUGAAGAUAAAGCUGUCGCCGUGAAGCUUAUCACUGUCCCUGAUGAUGACGAGGACGGAUGCUUGGGAGCUCGGUUAGAGAAACAGUUUACCAAAGAAGUCACCCUCUUGUCACGGUUGUCCCAUCCGAACGUUAUCAAGUUUGUUGGAGCGUAUAAAGAUCCGCCUGUGUAUUGUGUCCUCACGGAGUAUCUACCUGAAGGAUCUUUAAGAUCUUUUCUGCACAAGCCCGAGAACAGGUCUCUUUCUCUGAAGAAACUGAUAGAGUUUGCUCUGGAUAUUGCGAGAGGGAUGGAGUAUAUUCACUCGCGGCACGUGAUUCAUCGAGAUCUUAAGCCGGAAAACGUAUUGAUCGACGAAGACUUCCAGUUGAAGAUUGCAGACUUUGGCAUAGCGUGCGAGGAGGAGUACUGUGACAUGUUUGCUGAUGAUCCAGGGACUUAUAGGUGGAUGGCACCUGAGAUGAUAAAACGGAAACCACACGGGAGAAAGGCUGAUGUGUAUAGCUUUGGACUCGUUUUAUGGGAAAUGGUUGCUGGAGCAAUCCCUUAUGAGGACAUGAAUCCUAUUCAAGCUGCUUUCGCAGUCGUACACAAGAACAUUAGGCCAGCUGUUCCGGGAGAUUGUCCAGUAGCCAUGAAAGCACUUAUAGAGCAGUGUUGGUCGGUUGCACCGGAUAAGAGACCGGAGUUCUGGCAGAUAGUGAAAGUGCUUGAAGAGUUCGAGGAUUCACUGGAACGUGAAGGGUGUUUGAAUCUGAUUUCAAACAAGAUAUGCAAGGAUCCAAGGAAAGGUCUGAAACAUUGGAUUCAGAAACUUGGACCGGCCCAAGGUGGAGCAGGAGGAGGAGGAGGCAGCAGUGUUCUUGGUGGAUCGGCUUUGCCUAAGCCUAAAUUCGCUUGAGAGAUGUUGUAAGAGUUUGUUGUCUUUUGUAAAUUUAUAUAUAUAAUACAAAACAAAAGGUUUUGUAUUUGUAUUUGUGAUGUGUUGUAUCCUGUCCUGUUUUUGUGGGUUGUGAUGUAAUCUUUCAUCUUUUCUCUAGAUUCGUUGUGUAAUGACAAUCAAACUGGGGAGUGGUUUGUAAUUCAAUGUUAAUGGGGUUCACUAA